AAUUUGGGAACACAAAGAAAGUGAAAACCAAACCAAACAGCAGCAGCAGCUGCAAACAACAACAACAACAACAACAUCAUCAUCAUCGUUCAGCUUCCGUAACAACAACGUUGUUUGCGUGAGCGAAUUCAAUGGACUUCACCGCCAGAGCCUCUUCCCAUGCAAUUUCUCCUUCACACCCUUAUCGCCUUCAACCCUCACCUUUUCCUCACCAGCUUCCAUUUUCGAAAUUGCAGCGUUUGGGUUUGGUUAAGAAUCGCCUCGUUGCUCGUUGCAGUUCUGGUUCUGAUGAAUUAGGCUCUGUUAAUGGGUUGCAAUUCACGCCCAAUAAGCUUUUUAUGCAGGAGGCUAUUGGAGCUGAAUAUGGGGAAGGGUUUGAGACUUUUAGGGCUGAUGGACCAUUAAAAGUUGAUGUGGACUAUUUGAAUGAUAAAUUGCAAGACGGUUUUCUUAAGCGCAUACGCUAUGCUAUGAAGCCUGAUGAGGCUUAUGGUCUUAUCUUCUCUUGGGACAAUGUGGUGGCUGAUACUCGAGCUCUGAAGAGGAAGGCAUGGAAGCAGCUGGCCUCUGAAGAGGGAAAGGAUAUCCCUGAAGAUGGUGAUAUUGAAAGAUUGAUGCGUCAUGCAGGUGCUGAUCAUGUAUUACACAAGCUUUUUCUUUCAGAUAGGGAAGAUAAUGAGCUGGAUAGUCUGAAGUUGAGGUUUUCUCAGUUAUAUUAUGAUAAUCUUCUAAGAAUUGAAAGACCAAUGGAGGGCCUCAAAGACUGGUUGGAAGCGGUUUCUACAGCCCGCAUCCCCUGUGCUAUUGUUUCAAGUCUUGAUAGAAGAAAUAUGAUGGAAACUUUGGAACGGAUGGGGCUCAACAAGUAUUUCCAGGCAAUUGUAACAGAAGAGGACGGAAUGGAGUCAAUAGCUCAUAGAUUUCUUUCUGCCGCUGUCAAGCUGGAUCGGAAACCUUCUAAGUGUGUGGUUUUUGAAGAUGAUCCCAGAGGAGUAGCUGCUGCACAUAAUUGCACUAUGAUGGCUAUAGCAUUAAUUGGAGCUCAUCCCGCGUAUGAUUUGAGGCAAGCUGAUCUUGCUGUUGCUAACUUUAGUGAACUUUCUGUGAUCAACCUGCGAAGAUUAUUUGCCAACAAUGGUUCUACAUUUAUGGACCUGCAGAAGCAGGUUAUAGAGAAAACUCCUUCCAAAAGGAAACUUUCAAUAGACACCAUUUUCUAAGAUGUUAUCCUGCCCAUUAUUUUUGUUCCCCUUUGAUAGGUUUACUUGUAAUUAAAUAAUUAUGCUGCCUUAAUUUUUUACUACCAUAUAAAAUUGUAAUCAGUUAGCUCUGAUUAAUCCAUAUGUUCUAUAUCAGUUUUAUUUCUUUUGCCUCAUUGAAAAUGGGGAUUUUGACUCAGGAA